AUGUUGAGUCAUAUAGCACCAAAGGAUAUCCUCAACUGGAGUCUCCUGGUUUUGCUUCUGUUUCUUCAUUUUUGCUUGGGCCAAGAAGAAUACAUGGAGGUGAGCAGAAGAGAUAAUAAUCCAGUGGCCAAAGUUUUGCAGAGCCACCACCAGACUGGUCAUAAAGGUUCCAGCAGCAGGGAAAACUUGAGACAGCGGAGUCAACUGUAUAAGUGGACGGUUGAGGUGGAUGAUGGUAAUAGUCCUUCUACUGACCAAAAUGCCUUGAAACCAGAGGUAGAUGAUGUAGCACAGACUACCUCAGACAGAGUCCAGACAACACAGAGUGGACCUCAAAGCCCACCAGAAUGUGGUUGCCGGGGGGAUUUUGGAUUUCGAGGUUAUCAAGGCCCACCUGGACUUCCAGGGCCUGCUGGAGUCCCAGGAAACCAUGGGAACAAUGGAAAUAAUGGAUUACCUGGCACAGAAGGAUCGAAAGGUGACAAAGGAGACAAGGGGGACUUGGGACCCAGAGGAGACCGAGGCCACCAAGGAGUUAAAGGAGAAAAAGGUUAUCCUGGCAUCCCACCAGAACUUCAGGUUGCAUUUAUGGCUUCAAUGGCAACCCACUUCAGUAAUCAGAACAGUGGAAUAAUCUUCAGUAGUGUGGAAACCAACAUUGGCAAUUUCUUUGAUGUAAUGACUGGACGAUUUGGAGCUCCAGUAAAUGGGGUGUAUUUCUUCACCUUCAACAUGAUGAAGCAUGAAGAUGUAGAAGAAGUGUACGUGUACUUGAUGCAUAAUGGCAAUACAGUAUUCAGUUUAUACAGCUAUGAAUCAAAAGGAAAAACAGACUCGUCAAGCAACAGCGCAGUACUUAAGCUUGCCAAAGGAGAUGAAGUGUGGUUGCGGAUGGGCAACGGGGCACUGCAUGGAGAUCAUCAACGCUUUUCCACUUUUGCUGGGUUUCUUCUUUUUGAAACCAAAUAGGUCUACUCACUGGAAAUGUAAUAUUGU